CACGCCGGCCCGGGGCCCCGCUGGGGAAGGCGGCGCCGGAGCAACCGCCUCCCGGGGAGUGUGUCCCGGCGGGCCCCGCCACAGGCCCCGCCGGGCCCCGGCCGCGGCUCCCUGCUGUCCUGCGAGCUGGCUGCGGGCGGCCGGAUGGCCUCCGUCAGCUUCCAGACCGCCGCCAUGGGCCGCGUCUUCACCCGCUUCCCGCGGGCGCUGCUGGUGCACCGGGCGGGCGGGCCCGCGGGACGGGCCCUCUACGUGUUCCUGGCGGCCGGGCCAGCCCCGGCGCUGCGGGCCAUGGCCCGCGUGGUGCACCUUGCCGUGCCGCCGGACGAGUCGGCAGACAGCCUGUCCCGCAUGUACGGCGCCUUUCGGGCUUUCAGCCCUGCCUGGGCACAGCCCCGGGUGCUGCUGGUGGGCCCGGGCCUCCCCGCUGCCGAGCUGCAGCUCUCCAUCUUCCACCUCUGCAAGCACCUGCAGCUGCAGGUCCAGCGGCUGGGCCUGGGGCGGGCUGAGCGCCGGGUCCUGGCUGCCCUGAGCGACGCCGUGCGCGCGGCCGACGCCAGCGGGCGCGGGGAGAUGCACGUGCUGCUGAGAGACCUCGUGCCCCCCGACGUCCUGCCUCAGCUCCAUGUCGACUGGCUGCUGGAUGAGGAGAUCUGGGCCGUGCACCGGGAGAUGAGCUGGGGGAGCAGCAGUGACUACUUCAGGGAUCUGGAGACAGUCACCCAAGGGCUGAGCCAGGUGUUCAGUGCUGGACUCUCUCUGGAGACCUGCAUCACCUCCUUAGCUCAGCACUACCAGAAGUGUGUUUCUAAGAGCCCUUCUGAUGCUGCAGUAUUCUCCGCUCCCCCUCCUUAUUGCUCUGCUCUUCCCCAAAGCCUGCCUGCCUUGGGUCUGCACUGCAAGGCAGCAGCCUCCCUCACAGCUGCCAAGAGUCCUGUGGUUGUUCUCCAGAGUCCAUCAGCAGCUCCUCAGCUCUCCGUGUCUCUUCAAACUGACACCCCUCAGACUCCUCCCCUCCGGAGCAAGCCUGUGAGCCUUCAGUCCUUCUUAGAUCCUUCGUCUCCCGCAGCUAACCUGGAAGCCACAGAAAACCCAGAGAGUGCCAGCGAGGAGGAGAUUAAACAAAGGACUGAAGAACGCAUCAAGCAGUCUUUGAUUGAAGUCUGCUCGGAGCCAGCGGCCAGGCUGUGCCUGAGCGAGUUCGCUGUGGUGCAGCAGUCGGUGCAGCUGAUCGGCAGUGGGGAGGACGCUCUCAGCGUGCAGGUCCUGGAGGAUGCCCACAAGGUGGACCCAAAAGGCCUGAGCAGCUGCACUUGCCACUUCAAUCAGGCCUUCCAGUGCCCUGCCGGCACAUCCUGGCUGCCCUGCCGGCACAUCCUGGCUGUGCUGAACUCAGAGAGGAAGACACUGCAGCCAGAGAUGCUCAGCAGACAGUGGCAGAAGGGAGGCCAUGCCCGUCAGGCUGGGCGAGACAGUGCUGAUGGCCUCAUGGAGGUCCUGACAAGUUCCUGGAAUGAGUCCUUGGAUAAAUCCCUGGUGGUGUCCUUCCUCACGGCGGAGAUCAGCCAGCUCCUCACUCACUGCAGCAAGGAGGAGUUUGAGUGCAGGUACAGGACCCUGCGGGCACUGGCUGACAGCUGGAUCGGGCCCUACGUGGAGGUGAAGCUCUAGCAGCGAGCGGGGCCGUGCUGGCUCCGUGUGCCGGCCCUUGGGAGCAGGGACGUGCGGGAGGGCUGUUCCUCACCUCACCAGUGCCUGGUGUCCCCUUUGGUUCACCUCAGCCUGCCCCUCCCUCGGGGCUUGGCACAGACAGGGUGGUUUGGGCUCAGUGUCUGCUGAGUGUGCGUUGCCUCUUGCCUGGGGCAGCCAAGGAGCUGGUUUGGGAACUGGAGAUCGCUCUGGAAUGGGUAACCGGCCACUGACCUGGCUCACAGGAGAGGUGGCUGGCAGCCAGCCCUGGGGGUUGUGGAGUGGUCGGGGGUGGUAUAAUGACAUGUGACACUAUUGUUUGAUCUGCAUCCAGUGCCACAGGUCCUCCCAGCAUCCAGGUGCGGUGUGUUGUGCAACAGAGCAAUAAAUCGGUCUGGCCUUGCUCAGGAGCUGCCUCUGCCUCUGCGCCAGCUGUGGCCAAAUGGGACGUGGGGCUUGCUCGGCCCCUGAGGGCCCAGGAUGGUGCUUCCCGGGGGUCUGGGAUCCUUGCAGUGCCCCCAUCGUGGGGGAGUCUGACUGUCAGGCAGCCACAGAUCCGGAGGGCGGCAGUCUCUGCUGCCAGCAGUGAUCCGGAGCGGAGGAGUUGUUUGUCUGGUUGCGGAAGCUGCUUUCAAUUCCUCAGAAACCCGCCCUCCCUGUCAGGGGAGGUGGGGUGAUGCUGCGGGUCACAGCCACCCAAACAAAGCUGCAGCAGCGUGGGGAGCAAAGGCCUCAUACACAUGGGGUGAGGAGGACAAAGGAGCAAACAGGCCCCAGCCCUGGGGUGUUGCUCUUGAUGGGCAAACACCCCCUCUCCCCUCGCCAUGAGAGCAGCACCAGCAGCUCUGAUGCCCACCGGGUGGGGAUGCAGGGGGUGUUGCAGACCCUUCCUUGCCGUGGUCCUGCUGCCAUCUGUGUUUUCCCCAGUCGCCGCCCCCUUCAUGCAUGCUUUGGUUUUGGUAGUCAGCCUGUGGCAGGAGCAGGAUGGCGCGUGGUUGGGGAUUUCCUCUCGAUCGAGGGUUUUGUAACAUUAUCUGAUACUAUCGAA